AAUGGUGGGUAGAGAGAGGGAUUUCGAGAACGACGAUUAUCCUCGAAGCCGUUACCGGAAGCUUUCUUCGACGGUGGAAAUCCCGGAAGGACGCCACCGUGAUGACCGAGGGAACGUAGGUUACUCGCCGGUGUCAGGUAGGUCUCCAUCUCCUUCAUCCUCUUUCGACGAUCGUCAUCGUCGUAGUAACCCUAGCCGUAGCCGUAGUCCGAGUCGCAGUCCUGCCAAUAGUUACAGAAGAUCUCGUUAUGAAUCAGAUCGCCGUCGUGAUCGAGCGGACUCAAACGGAUACCAUAACAACCAAGCUUGGAGAAGCCCUAGGUCUCAUGGAAUCCUAAAUCGUGAUAGCGGACGACGAUUCGACCGUGAUCACGGGGAUUUCCGGAAUGGACAGUUCCCUGAGUCCGAAUCCGAUGAGGAAUUGAAGGGCUUGAGCUACGAAGAACACCGCAGGCUUAAACGCCAGAAAUUGAGAAAAAGCCUCAAGAACUGUAUUUGGAAUGUUACCCCUAGUCCUCCUCCUGGUGAAAGGAAUCGCUCCGAGCCUUUGGGUGAAGCCAAGGAAAUAUCUGAAGAAGACAACCAAAAGGGUGACUCGAGAGUUCAAGAAAAGGGUACUGGUCGGAUUGGUGAUUCUGAAUCCGAAGAAUCAGGAGGAAGUUCGUCCGGUACGGGGUCGGGCACUGAGUCGGACGCGGAUGAUUCCCGCUCAAGGAGGAAGAGCAGAAGCCGAAGGAAUGAUCGGCGGAAGAGUAAAUCGUCAGGUUCUAGGAGGCGUACAAGUAGAAUAUCAUCUCCUGAUAUUGAAUCAGGUAAAGGCGUGAGUGAGUCUGAGAGUUCUUAUGCUUCAAGUGAAGAAGGCACGAAACGGAGGAAGAAAUCAGGAAGGCGGAGUAGUAGGCGAGGGAAGAAGAGGAGUGGGCGUAGCAGCAAAAGAACAAGGAAAAGUAAAAGGAGUAGAGAUAGUGAUUCUGACGAGAGCCCAACUGAGGAGAGUGACGCCAGAUCUAAGAAGGGGAAGUUCCAUAAUUCCUCUUCCCGUUCGAAAAGAAGCAAGAAAAAGAGACGCUCUGAAUCGGGCAGUGAGAGAUCAGCUGGGAGCUUUUCUGAUUUGGAUGUUGAUGCAAAAAGCAAAGUCAUGAUUGAUGAUGCAACGAAGGCCGAGAUUAAUAGCGAAUCCUUCGCGUUCAAGGAAAUGAUCGAGUCUCAAAAGAAAUCUUCUUUGGAUAACGAACCAUUGGUGGGGCCUGUUCCACUUCCGAAGGCUGACGGACAUAUUAGCUAUGGAGGUGCUCUCAGGCCUGGUGAGGGUGAUGCUAUUGCUCAGUAUGUGCAGCAAGGCAAGCGUAUUCCUCGCAGAGGAGAAGUGGGUCUUUCGGCUGACGAGAUUCAGACCUUUGAGAGCCUUGGUUAUGUGAUGAGUGGUAGUAGGCAUCAGAGAAUGAAUGCAAUUCGUAUUCGAAAAGAAAACCAGGUUUACAGUGCUGAAGACAAACGGGCAUUGGCAAUGUUUAACUACGAGGAAAAGGCAAAACGUGAGCACAAGGUCAUGGCUGAUCUACAGCGGCUGGUGCAACGUCACAUUGGACAAGAUGUUGGUCCAACUCAUGAUCCUUUUGCUGUGAAAGCUUCUGAGGAGGCUGAUAACUGAUACCCAUGUACGUUCCAUGUUCUCCAUGUGCUAUAUGUUACUUUCUGUUUUCUCCUGGGGUAUGGACCUCUGGUUUCCUACAUGCUUGCAAUGAGAGAAUGCCUAAAUGCCAGAUAGGAUUUCAAUGUAGUACUUAAUGAAUAAUGGAAGUAGUAUCCAUCAAUAA